AUGGACGAGUCUAGUCUGGACUGGAGAGCUAUCUCUUUGCUCGACGAGCUGACCAGCAAUCUGCGAAGAUCUCACGGUAGCGGCUGCAUGAGCGUAGCCAUCUACGAUACUGCGUGGGUUUCGUUGGUUACGAAGCGUACCGGCUCCGACAAAACGUGGCUCUUCCCACAUGCUUUCGACUAUGUAUUGGGCACUCAACUCGAAGAUGGAAGCUGGACAGCCUAUGCUUCACAAAUCGAUGGCAUCCUGAAUACUGCCGCAUCACUUCUGUCGAUCCUUCGCCAUGCAAAGGAGCCACUGCAGAUCACCUCCGACAACGCUACCAUAACAGCAAGUAUAGAGAGGGCGACCACUGCUCUUCAACGACUUCUAGACUCCUGGGAUGUCAGCUCUACGGUUCAUGUCGGAUUCGAAAUUCUGGUUCCGGCGGUUUUGAAGUGCAUUGAGGAUGAAAAUGUCAGCUUCACCUUUCCACAACAGGAAAUACUACUCGAAAUCAACCAGCAAAAAUUGAAGAAAUUCGAGCCCGAAUAUCUGUAUGGGAAGUACCAACUCACAGCCCUACACUCCCUGGAGGCUUUCAUUGGCAAACUUGACUUCGACAAAGUUGCUCAUCACAAGGUCAAUGGCUCGUUCAUGGCAUCGCCGUCGUCAACAGCUGCGUACCUGAUACAUGCAUCGACGUGGGACGAUCAGUGCGAAGCAUACCUUCGGCAUGUACUAGCCUAUGGUGCUGGUCAAGGGAGCGGUGGUGCGCCAAGCGCUUUUCCAUCUACGAUCUUCGAGCUCACAUGGGCUCUGUCUACCUUACUCGAAGGUGGCUUCGACUUCACCAAGAUCUCACCUUUCCAUGCUACAAAAGCGGCAUCUUUUCUCGAAGCACAACUCGCGGCCGGCAAAGGCGCUGUCGGCUUUGCUCCUGGUCUUGGUGCGGACGCAGAUGACACUGCCAAAAGCAUGCUCAUUCUGAGGUUGUUGAAGCAGGAUGUGUCCAUCGAUCCACUUCUCCAGCAUUUUGAGAGCGAUGCGUACUUCAAGACCUACCCGCUGGAGCGCGAUCCGAGUUUCUCAGCAAAUUGCAAUGUUCUUGCUGCAUUGUUGCAUGCUGCGGAACCUGCGAAGUACAGCAGUCAGAUCGAGAAGGUCGUGAAGUUCUUACUGUCUGUAUAUCAAGACCAUGGGCUGAGGAUCAGAGACAAAUGGAACAUCUCGCCACUGUACUCGCUCAUGUUGCUCGCCCAAGCUGGAGGCCGCAUCAUGUCUCUCGUGCAACAAGGCGUACUCUCAACUCUGCCGAGUGACAUGAUAGGGACUACUGUACCCGAAAUGCUGGCGAAGAUCUUUGCAUUCACGAUCAGCUCGCAGAACGAGAACGGUUCCUGGGGGGCUGAAUCCACACUUGAGGAGACAGCAUAUGCACUGCUGAUUCUCUCUACUGGCUCUGGGCUUCCUCAUCCACAGGCUCAAUCCGCGUCCGCACGCGCGAUGGAGAUUGGACGCCACUAUCUCACCUCCACCAAGUCGACAACGCUGGAGUAUCUUUGGGUCGAGAAAGUCACAUACACCUCAAAAACCCUACGCGAAUCGUAUACGCUGGCUGCACUCAAGUCAACUGAGAAAUUUAUGCCCACCGAUCAGGAGACAAUUAAUGGUCAGCCGACAACAAAAGUGGUCAAUGGUACUGCCAAACAGAAUCUUACAAUCAACAGGCACCAUAAGUUUGACUCCGCUGUGGCAUUUCCGUCGGAUGUCGUAACACGCUAUGAUAGCAAUGUGAACGCCAGCGAUGGAAAUACUGUGCCAGCCACUCUUACAUCGUGGAGUAUCAAGAACGAGAAGAUUGUGCUUGGUCCAUAUGACUAUCUGAAGAAACAGCCUGGAAAAGAUCUCCGGACUCUGUUCAUCGCAGCAUUCAACGAAUGGCUACAGGUGCCUCUGGAGAAGCUAAAGGCGAUACAAGAGGUCGUGCGGAUGCUCCAUACCUCCUCCCUGCUCGUCGACGACAUCGAAGACAACUCGGACCUACGCCGAGGCCGACCAGUUGCCCACAGUAUCUUCGGGACAGCACAAACCUUCAACUCAGCCAAUUACGUCUACUUCCUUGCGCUCGAACAAGUCCGAAAGCUCAACAACACCAAAGCUACGGAUGUCUUUGUAGAAGAGCUCGUCAAUCUUCACCGUGGCCAAGGGAUGGAGCUCUUCUGGCGCGACUCGCUCAUUUGUCCCACAGAGGCGGAGUACAUCGCCAUGGCAAGCAACAAGACCGGUGGUCUCUUCCGUCUCGCUGUACGUCUUCUCCAAGUCGAGAGUCCUACUGGUCGUGACUGUCUUCCUCUGGUCAACCUCCUUGGUUUGCAAUUUCAGGUCUGUGACGAUUUUUUGAAUCUCAUGUCUACCACAUAUACCGCCAACAAAGGCUUGUGCGAGGACUUGACAGAGGGCAAAUUCAGCUUUCCCAUUAUACAUAGUAUUCAUGCGGACGAGUGGAAUAAGGAGCUACUCGGUAUACUCAAGCAAAAGACCAAAGCUGUGGAUGUGAAGAAGUAUGCUGUCGAGUAUAUGAGGAGCACGGGUAGCUUUGAGUACACUAGAGCUAUUGUGAAAGAUCUCGGAGGCAAGGCAGAGAGACUGGUGCGUGAGUACGAGGAGGCAGGGUGGGGUGAUGGGAGUAGUGUGAGGAAGCUGCUGCAACGCAUGAGUCUCGAUUAG